AUAAACACACAAAUUUCUCAUCACUACUUCCUUCUCUCACUCUCUCACUCUCUCACCAUGGCCACCGCCGCGCCGCCGCUGAAAGACGAGCUCGAUAUCGUGAUACCGAUGAUACGAAACCUCGACUUCCUGCAGAUGUGGAGGCCCUUCCUCCAACCUUACCACCUCAUCAUAGUACAAGACGGCGACCCUUCCAAGACCAUCAGAGUCCCCGACGGCUUCGACUACGAGCUCUACAACCGCAACGACAUCAACCGCAUCCUCGGCCCCCGCGCCUCCUGCAUCUCCUUCAAGGACUCUGCCUGCCGCUGCUUCGGCUACAUGGUCUCCAAGAAGAAGUACAUCUUCACCAUCGACGAUGACUGCUUCGUUGCAAGCGACCCUUCUAGCAAGCCGAUCAAUGCCCUAGACCAACACAUCAAGAAUCUAUUGUGUCCAUCAACCCCACUCUUCUUCAACACGUUGUACGACCCGUACAGAGAGGGAGCCAACUUCGUCAGGGGCUACCCCUUCAGCCUCAGAGAGGGUGUCCCCACAGCCGUCUCCCAUGGCCUCUGGCUCAACAUCCCCGACUACGACGCCCCCACGCAGCUCGUCAAGCCUCGAGAGCGAAACACCAGGUAUGUAGAUGCAGUGAUGACGAUACCAAAGGGCACCCUCUUCCCAAUGUGUGGGAUGAACCUGGGUUUCGACCGAGACCUCAUCGGCCCAGCCAUGUACUUUGGCCUCAUGGGAGAGGGCCAGCCCAUCGGGCGCUACGACGACAUGUGGGCCGGCUGGUGUGUCAAGGUCAUUUGCGAUCAUUUGGGGUUGGGAGUAAAGACGGGGCUGCCCUACAUUUGGCACAGCAAAGCAAGCAACCCCUUUGUGAACCUGAGAAAAGAGUACAAUGGGAUAUUCUGGCAAGAAGAGAUUAUCCCUUUCUUCCAAUCAGCCAUACUUUCAAAGGACUCCACAACUGUGCAGAAGUGCUACAUUGAGCUUGCCAAACAGGUCAAGGACAAGCUCGGAAAAAUCGACCCCUAUUUUGUCAAGCUGUCCGACGCAAUGGAGACGUGGAUUCAGGCCUGGGAUGACCUCAACCCCCCUGCCAAGCUGGUUCCAACCGCUAAACUUACUAAGUGAUCACCAACACAUG